AAGUUGUGAAAUUCAAAAAUGGACCUCCGUUGCGACUGGAUUGAUCACGACUUGUUGGAGAAGAUCCUACGGUCGGAGAAGGGAUCCAACGGGCAGCAAGAACUGAAAAUAGUGAGUUUCGAUGUUAGUGCUGCAACGAAAAAAGGAGACAAUUAUGCUAGUGAAAUGUACAGAGUUCUAAUUGAGUACAUUCGUGAAGGCCGCCCUGAAAAGUGCUCCAGAAUUUUGAAGGUGAUUCCUUCUGGAGAAAUUCAACGAAUCGUGAUGGAAAAUAAUAAUAUUUUCCCGCGAGAGAUCGCUGUUUAUCGCGAUAUCCUGCCGAAAAUCCAUAAGCUGCUGCGCAGCAUGAGUGAUGAGUCUCCUUUGUCUCCGAAUUGUUCAUUUAUAACGAACGACCCGAAAACAAUGUUGGUGUUUGAGGAUUUAAAGGACAGCGGCUUCGAAAUGGUUGAUAGAAAGCGUGGUUUGGGUAUAGAAGAAACAAAAUUAGUUUUGAAAAAGUUGGCUAAACUGCAUGCGUGCUCGGCGUUAGUGUACAAAGAACAACCAGAAAUCAUGGAACCAGUGCUGGAAGGAGCUAUAAACACUAAUCCAAAUCGACAGGAUUUUCUUGUUUUCCAUAAAAUGUGCGCUCGCCAAGUGGCACGGUUAGUGGAGUGCUGGGAAGAACCGAAAUACAAAACAAUUUUGGAGAAGCUACAAAAAUUACCCCUCACGACUAUAGCCAAGGGGUGUCAAGUAUACACAAGGGACGAUACGGUGUUUAACGUUCUUAAUCACGAUGACUUAUGGACUAGCAAUUUGAUGUUUAAGUUCAAAAAUGGAGCUGUGGACGAUGUGCUGAUGCUCGACUAUCAAUUGGCAUAUUACGGUUCGCCUGGUGUAGAUUUGAAUUACUUUCUGUUUGGUUCUGUUCAGUAUGAGCUUCGAGAGGAAUAUUGGUUAGAAUUCAUUAGAGAGUACUACGAUGUUCUUCGGGAGACGCUGGUAAAAUUAAAAUACACUGAUCACAUACCGUCAUUACAAGAAAUUCACGUUGAACUAAUACGGACAGGUUUCCACAGUGUCAACGCAGUGUUCUGCCUAUUGCCGUUAGCAAUGAUGGAGAAAACGGAUAACGCAGAGAUGGACGUGUUCCUGCAGGAUAAUGACGUCGGCGAGACAUUUCGAAAAACUAUUUUUGCUAAUCCAAAGUAUGAACCUGUACUUAAGCGGGCACUAGUUUUAUUCGAUUUGCUAGGUUAUUUUGCGGUUUUGCUCUGUGGCGAACGCUCAGUCACAGUUUACGCUUCACUUCAGUCAGUACGACAUACGCACAGUUCUUCCACGACGCUUCUUUACACGAUGUCGCAGAAUUGUGAAAUAACUUCGUCCGCGGUGGAAGUCGCCGGUUGGAAGAUUGGCUCAUUUUUCGAAAAUGUUGUUGCUGCGGAUUUACUUAUGUCACCGGAACACUUUCGGAUUGUGGACGUACAGGUGGCGAAUGUUGCCGCGAAAACUGCAGGCUACAUGUCGUUAACGCACCGUGUCACUGUUACUGUUGAUGCUGGCGGUCUGGACAGCGAAAAUCGAGUUCUGAGUUAUGUAGUAAAAGAAAAAUCGGAGGAGGUUUUUGGGGGCGAACUGGUUGAUGAUUUGAUAGUCUUUCCUAAAGAAAUUGAGGUGUAUUCUAAGUUUCUACCAGUAUUCGAACAGAUGGGCAAAGAUGGUAAAGAGAAAUUUGGUCCCAGGUUGGAAAUACUGUUUAAAACCACAUCCUCACCGUUCACAGUGCUUGUUCUGGAAGAUCUAAAGCCACUCGGUUUUCAUAUGAAGGAUUGUUCCGUUGGUUUGGAUCUUGUUGAGUGCGAAAAUGUCCUUGGGAAACUAGCUAAAUUUCAUGCAGCUUCGGUCGUGUAUCAAGAACAGAAUGGUCCAUACUCGGAUAAGUUCAAGGACGGAAUGUUCGCGGAUAGAAUGGUGAACCAGUUCGAAGCAUAUUACGUCCAAUUAUUUAGAUCGUUCAUGGAAACUCUGGAAGACCUGCGAUACCCACCUCAUAUACUUGAAACGCUGCGUCUCUGGGAAGGCAAAAUGUAUUCAACUCUCAGUAAAUUGUUCCGGUGUGAUCCAGCAAAAUUCAAUGUUUUGAAUCAUGGAGAUGUCUGGAUCAACAAUCUUCAAUUCAGCGAGAAUGAUAUUCUUCUGGUUGAUUACCAGAUCGCAUUCUAUGGAACUCCAUCUUUUGAUGUGCUCUACUUUAUUAUUACCUCGGCUGGCAUCGAAGUUCGAACGGAAAAGUUUGAUCAUCUCGUCAAACACUAUCACUGUCAGUUGGUUCAAUCACUACACCAAAUGGGUGCUCAAACAACUGCGUUAUCUCUACAGGAAUUGCAAGACGAUAUUACAGAGCAUGGACUCUUGGCAUGUGUGCUAGCGAUGGAAACCUUAGCGUUAUUGUUGGCUAUGCAGGGAACUGAAGUAAAUAUGGAAAUGGUAAUGUCGAAUGAACCAGAAGCUGUUGAGUAUAGAAAGAAGGCGUAUUCCAGUAGUAAUUACGUGCAAGCGCUCGACAAGCUGAUCCCAUUUAUGUGGGAAAGAGGAUUUUUGAGAUAUCCGCAGCCAUGAGCGAAGUUGAGUAUAAUUAAACAAUCACGUUCAUCAAUUAUCCAAACCUGUUUCUGUCUGCAUGUACGUUAUCAAAUUCCACGCGUUAAUUUGUAUUCAUUAUUGCAAGAGAAACUUACUCUGUUAGUAUGCACAUAUCCAGGGCCUUGAAAAGUUAAAAAAAAAAACAGUUCAAAUCGGUAUUAUGUUAAUACUGUUCUGUUUUUUCUUAGCACUCUGAUUUACCUUUCACGGACAUAAUAACGAUACAUCCAAAAUAAUAUAAAA